AUGUCGUCCUGCAGCCGCGUGGCGCUGGUGACCGGAGGCAACAAAGGCAUUGGCUUAGCCAUCGUGCGCGAGUUAUGCCGGCAGUUCUCGGGGGACGUGCUGCUCACAGCCCGGGACGCCGAGAGAGGCCGGGCGGCCGUGCAGCUGCUGCAGGCCGAGGGUCUGAGCCCGCGCUUCCACCAGCUGGACAUCGAUGACCUGCAGAGCAUCUGCACCCUGCGCGACUUCCUGCGCCGCGAGUACGGGGGACUAGACGUGCUGGUCAACAACGCAGGCAUAGCCUUCAAGAAUGCGGAUCCUACCCCCUUUCAUAUUCAAGCAGAAGUGACGCUGAAAACAAACUUUUUUAGUACCCGAGAUAUUUGCACAGAGUUGCUGCCCCUCAUAAAACCCCAAGGCAGAGUGGUCAAUGUGUCCAGCAUGGUUAGUGUCAGAGCCCUUAAGUCCUGCAGCCCAGAGCUGCAGCAGAAGUUCCGUAGUGACAGCAUCACAGAGGAGGAGCUGGUGGUGCUCAUGAACAAGUUUGUGGAAGAUACAAAGAAUGGAGUCCACCAGAAGGAGGGCUGGCCCAACACUGCAUACGGCGUGUCGAAGAUCGGCGUCACAGUCCUCUCCAGAAUCUAUGCCAGGAACCUCAGUGCACAGAGGCCAGGUGACAAGAUCCUCCUGAAUGCCUGCUGCCCGGGGUGGGUGAGAACGGAUAUGGCAGGGCCCAGUGCCACCAAAAGCCCGGAAGAAGGAGCCGAGACCCCUGUAUACUUGGCCCUUUUGCCCUCAAACGCUGAGGGGCCUCACGGACAGUUCGUUCAGGAGAAGAGAGUUGAGCAGUGGUAA